AUGUCCAUCAACGACAUCCCCACCGUAGGCGACAUCAAACGCGCAGUGGCGGUCGGCCAGCGCAUCACGCCCGAAGACGUGUCCCAGAUCGCUCAAGUAGAAAGCGAGUUUACCGGCGGAGGACCGGUCAAAGGCGGGCCAGCUGCGACGGCACACUCCCUCUCGUCGAGACAGAUGAAUUUCGAGGCCAAACUGGAUGAACUCGCGCACAAGCCACAGUCGCAUAUUACGCAGGAGGAUGCGCGGAGUAUGCAGUCUGCAGAGGGUCGCGCAUUCAACACUCCACCUGGCCCGGCCAGCGUCUCAGCACAAGUCCGUUCCCUUGCAGAUCGCAACGAAGUCCUGGGGCUGCCAGCGGUGCAGGACCCUGGCCCCGUGUAUGUGACCAAGGAGGAAGCGAGUGAAGCACAGUCGGUGGAAGCCAUAUACACGGGGGGGAUGGUUACAAGGGGGAGCUUGGCAGCCCAGAUGCAGAGCGCGGCCGACAAACGAGAAGCUGCGCGCAACGGGGUGACUUGGGACCGGGAAUAA